UAUGAUUGUAAUCGUUGAUUGUCAUCCACGUGGAGCAACAUGCAUCCAUAUAAAAGGUGGAGUAUCUCGCUGUGAAAUGCAGUGGAGAACAGAUCCUCAAACAACAUGUAUGCACUUCUAGGACUCCUGGUGGCCUGCGCAGCGGUUAUGGCAGCACCCUCCCCCUACGCAGGACAACGUUCAGGACCCUCCGCACACCCGGCUGGACCCACCCCCCGGCCACAGCAAUAUCCUGCUCUUUCUGGACCUAGUGCUCAACCCAAUGCCGAUCCAUCGUACCUAUUUAGUGUAUAUGGUCAAGGCUUUGGACUUGGUGGAUGUGGAUGCGGAUGUGGAGGAUAUCCAGGAUAUGGAUACCCAUAUGGAUAUGAUGGGUACUACGGGAUCGGAUACCCUUAUUCCGGAUGUGGCUGUGUUCUGUAAGAAAUAAUGUUUGAACUAUAGCAUUAAAGAGACUGCAGACUUUA